AUGGCGCCUGCAUUUACCUACCGCCCCAAGGCACAAUCUACAUUUAAGCCCCCACUCAUUGCGAACGAGAAUGCGUUCUUGGGCGAUGUCAUUUCAAGUGACAAGGACAACGCCGAAAAACCUAUCUCUUGUGGAUUCUACCGCUUGGAAAGGGGAACCCCGCUUGUAUACACCUAUACCUAUGACGAGAUGAAGAUUAUUUUGGAAGGACAUUUUGUGAUAUCCGAUGAGACGGGGCAAAAGGUCACCGCCAGUCCGGGUGAUGUGUUUUAUUUCCCCAAGGGAGCCACAAUUACCUUCACAACCGAGGACUACGGACUUGCAUUCUAUACCGGCCAACGUGCCGAGGGUGCGGCGUAA